AUGCUAAGUCUGAGAAAUUCGAUAUAAUACCUUUUUAAGUGAUAUAGACAUAGAUAAGCGAUUUUUCUAUUGGAAACAAAAAAAUAUAAUAAAUUUACUUGAAUUUGGAUAAUUGAGUCAUCUGAGUAAUGGUUGGCUGAAAAAAUAACUAAGAAAAAUAAAUGAACCACCAUUGACUUGGUCAACUAGCAAAACGCUGGCAAUGUAAAAACAAAGUCGGAAUGGCAAAAUGUACUGUCAAUGAAGCAUUUUACUAUUAUUAUAGGUUCCCAGUGAAGUGAAAUAGAGCUACCCCUUUUUAUGAAUGUUUUUCAUAUCAUCAAAAUACCAUUAAAAAAAUGCAGUUGGCUCAAGUUGCUGGAAAAGUUUAUCUUAUGCAGUUAAGUAAUUUUCUCUUUGUGUUGUUUGGAGUGUUAGUGAUUUUAUGUCCAUGUGAUGCAAGGAGCACAAUUGAUAGAAGCAGUAAGUUAGUAGACAAUGGUGAAACUCUUGUAUCUACUGGAAAAAAGUUCGAAAUGGGAUUCUUUUCUGAUGAUGGAGACCAUUUAAACAGAUAUGUAGGCAUAUGGUAUUACAAAUUAAGUCCCAGAACCGUUGUAUGGGUUGCUAAUGGGAGUAAUCCGAUUCGAGGAUCAAAAAUAAAGAAUGAGGAUAUUUCCGUCGUCGUUGCUGAAGAUGGUAACCUCAGAGUGUGGAAUUCAAAUAGUAAUUACACUUAUUUCUCCUCAGGACUAGAAAGUGUUGAGAAUCCUAACCGCACAGUAGAGUUGUUGGAUUCAGGGAACUUGGUUUUAGUUGAGGAAUCAGGAGUUAAACGAUGGGAGAGUUUUUUGAAUCCAACUGAUACUUUUCUUCCUGGAAUGACAAUGAAUGAGAAGUUGAAUUUGACUGACUCAAAAAGUGGGAAUUACACAUUUCAAUUAGAUCAAAAUAGCAACAAGAAAUACGUUAUAUUUGAUCAGAUGCAACGCAAAAUUCACUGGAAAGGGUCUGUACCUUUAGAUAAUUCUGUUAAAGGUAAUUCUGUACCCUUCAGAUUCAGUGAGAUGCCUGCUUAUGUCGCCUACUUAUUAAACUUUACAGAGAGUGACAUUCUCAAUAAGACAGCAACAUCAUUCAACAGAAAAUAUACUCCUAUUGAUUUUAAAACUUAUGCCAACCACAGUAUCAACAAUUCUAUUUUCGAAGGUACUAGACUCGUGAUGAACUCCUCCGGGGAAAUACAGUUCUACAGUUGGGAUAAAGAGAUAUGGUCUGCACCAAAAGAUAAAUGCGAUGUGUAUAGAACAUGUGGAAAAUUUGAGAUUUGUAACAACGUCAACCAUGGGGGGUCAGUGUGCAGGUGUUUGCAUGGGUUUAACCACGAUCCUCCAGAGAAUUACGAAGAAGGGGAAGAGGAAUUUUCAGGUGGUUGUUCGAGAACAUCAGUUGGCUCUUGCGAAAGAGACACGUUUGUGGAUUUGACGUCAAUGAAAUUUGGGGAACCGGACGGGUCUAGAGAGAGUAAUACCAGUGAGGACUGCAGGAGACUUUGUCUGGGCAACUGCACGUGCCAAGCAUACACAUAUUCUAAUAAUUCUGGAUGCUGGAUUUGGUGGUCGAAUCUCAAAAAUCUCCAGGAGAACUACGCUGGUGGCUUCAACCUCUCUAUCCGCGUGUCCCAUAUUGAAGUUGCAGUACAAGGACCAUUGAGCACAAAUACGGCACCUUCACGGUAUCAGAGAGCCCUUGUUAUUCCCAUCACGCUAAUUCUUGGAGUUAUAAUUUUGUGCGGUACUUGUUAUAUAAUUUAUCUGAACAGAAGAGCGGCAAGAAGUAAAGAAGCCCAAGAUAUUGUUUUAGGGAAGCCUAUGGAGUACUUGCGUCAUAGAGAUAGUUCGGAUGAAGAUUUAAUCACUGAAGAUGAUAAAAAACGGAUUGAUGUCCCGUUUUUCAGCUUGAAUAGCAUACUAGUUGCUACAGAAAACUUCUCCAAUGCAACUAAGCUUGGGCGAGGUGGAUUUGGACCUGUUUAUGAGGGUAAGUUUCUCGGAGGUACAUAUAUGGCAGUGAAAAGGUUGUCAAGUCAAUCAGGACAAGGUGUUGAAGAAUUUAAAACUGAAGUAAUGUUAAUCGCCAAAUUGCAGCACAGAAAUUUAGUUAGGCUUCUAGGCUAUUGUGUUGAGGCAAAGGAAAAGAUUUUGUUAUAUGAAUAUAUGCCCAACAAAAGCUUGGAUACAUUUCUAUUCGAUCAUGCAUCCUGCCAAUUAUUGGACUGGAGGAUUCGUUUCGAAAUUAUUUUGGGUGUUGCUCGAGGGCUACUUUAUCUUCACCAAGACUCAAGGCUAAGGAUCAUUCAUAGAGAUCUAAAGACAAGCAACAUAUUGUUAGAUGAAGAAAUGAACGCCAAAAUUUCAGAUUUUGGCUUGGCAAGGAUCGUUGAAGGCAAAAAUACAGAAGCUAAUACUAACAAAGUCGUUGGAACUUAUGGUUAUAUGUCACCGGAGUAUGCAUUGGAGGGACUCUUUUCAAUCAAGUCUGAUGUAUUUGCCUUCGGAGUGGUCCUACUCGAAAUCAUAAGUGGGAAGAGAAACAUGGAAUGUUUCGAAGAUGUAAACCUCACUGGUUAUAUAUGGAGACUGUGGAUGAAAGAUAGGGCAUUAGACGUGAUGGAUCAAACCAUUGCUGAGUCGUGCGAUGAAAAAGAAGUGAUAAAGUGCAUGAAUGUGGCACUUCUGUGUGUGCAAGAAGAUCCAGCUGAGCGCCCCACAAUGUCAAAUGUUGUCUUUAUGCUUGGAGGUGAAAGCAUGACACUUCCGAGACCAAAUCAACCAGCUUUUAUCGCACGAAGAAAUAGUGCUGGUGCAAGUACAUCUUCUUCCUCUUCUAAGCUGUACAGCUCUUCCAACAAUGGGUUGACGAUAACUCAACAAGAAGGCCGAUCAGAUUUAUUUCUGUACCUUCUGCUUUGCAUACUCAGUACAUAUUUCGUACUGACCCCCUUCUCCGGGGGCUGCGUUUCGUGCCCGCAGGUACAGACGCACAGCCUGGUGAUCCACCUGUUUAGGACACCCUUUCUGCUAUUCGGAGUGCUCCUCUCUUUCCGGAGCUUAUACUUUUGGAACACCAUCAAUGGAAGCAGUAAGUUAGUUGACAAUGGGGAAACUCUAGUGUCUACUGGAGAGAAGUUUGAAAUGGGAUUCUUUUCUUAUGAUGGAGAUCAGUCAAACAAAUAUGUGGGCAUAUGGUAUUACAAUGUGAGUCCAAGAACUGUUGUAUGGGUUGCUAAUUGGAAAAAUCCGAUUCAAGCUUCAAGAAUUAAGAAUGAGGAUAUUUCCAUCGUCGUUGAAGAUGGUGACUUCAAAGUGUGGAAUUCAAAUAGUAAAGACACUUAUUUCUCCACACAAAUCGGUAGUGCUGAUAACGGGACAGUAGAGUUGUUGGAUACAGGGAACUUGGUUUUAGUUGGUGAAUCAGGAGUCAAACGAUGGGAGAGUUUUCUGUAUCCAACCGAUACUUUUCUUCCUGGAAUGAAAAUGGACGAGCGUUUGAAGUUAACUGAUUCCAGAAGUGGGAACUAUACAUUCCAAUUUGAUCAAUCAAGCAAAAAGAAAUAUGUUAUACUUCAGACGCAAGGCGGGAUUCACUGGAAAGGGUCCGCGGAAUUAGCUACUUCUGGACAUUUCAGUUUCGGUCAGAUGCCUGGUUAUGUCGCUUACAUGUUGUCCAACUUCACUAAGAAUGACACUGUCAAUAAUUCAGUGGAAGCGACGCCAGGAACAUUCAAGUAUUAUAGGCUCCUAAUGAACUCCUCGGGGGAAAUACAAUUCUACGGUUUGGAUAAACAGGUAAGUGGAUGGUCUUUGAUGUGGUCAGCGCCAAAAGAUACAUGCGAUGUCUAUAAGAAAUGCGGGAAGUUUAGCAUUUGUAACAGCAACCAUGAGCCAGUAUGCAAGUGUUUGCCUGGGUUUGAGCCCGACUCUGCAGAAAAUUUAAGAGCUGGAGAAUUUUCAGGUGGUUGUUCCAGGAUGUCAGUUAACUCUUGCAAAGACAAUGUGGAAGCACUCGACACGUUCUUGGAUCUGAAGUCAAUGAAAUUCGGGAGUUCAGACCGGUCAUACAAAAAGAUUAAUACCAAUGAGGACUGCAGGAAAUUUUGUCUAGGCAACUGCACGUGCGAGGCCUAUACUUUUGAUAAUUCUGGAUGCUCGAUUUGGUUCUCUAGUCUCAAGAAUCUCCAGGAGAACUACAAUGGUGGCUUCAACCUCUCUGUCCGUGUCAGCAUUUCCGAAAUUGAAGCAACAAGGAGAAAUUGCAAGCCUUGUGGCAGAAACGUAAUACCAUAUCCAUUAAGCAGUGGACCAUAUUGUGGAGACCCUUUGUAUUAUAGUUUCUCAUGUGAUGAUUUAGCCGGCCAGGUAAGCUUCCAGACAUCGAAAGGCAACUAUACCGUUAUUAACUUUGAUAGGGGGAAGAACACGUUUGUUAUAGAAGCAGCCGACAAAGAAUCUGCUGGUAAUUGUGAUGACAAAGGGCUGGUGACAGGAAUUUCUUGGUUCAACCAGUCAUCAUCUUUUAAGGUGAUAGACUGGUGUUUCAAUCCCAAAAAGAAUCUUACUUCGGCAGCUUUAAGUCGAAGGAACGAUUUAAUAUUGAUCAGUUGGAAUCCCCCAUUGGAGCCAAUUUGCACUACUUCAGAAAACUGCACAGAUUGGCCAAAUUCAACAUGCAAUGUAACAGAACAAGGAGAUAGGAGAUGCAUAUGCAAAUCUGAUUACAAAUGGGAUGGUUUGAUCUUGAAUUGUUCCUUGAGCUCAGACCAUGGAACACAAGGACCAUCUAUUGCGAAACGGCCCCCCUCACGGAAUCAGAGAGCUCUUUUAAUUUCCAUCUCUUUAAUUCUUGGAAUUAUAAUUUUGUGCUGCACUAGUUACAUAAUAUACCUGAACAAUAGAGUGGCAAGAACUAAAGAAUCCAGAAAAAUUGUUUUGGGGAAUCCUAUGGUACACUUGCCUCGUAGAGAAAUUAUCAAUGAAGAUUUGAUCACUGCAGAUGAAAAGAAACAGAUUGAUGUUCCAUUUUUCAGCUUGAAUAGCAUACUAGUAGCUACAGACUACUUUUCCAAUGCAACUAAGCUUGGGCAAGGUGGAUUUGGACCUGUUUAUAAGGGUAAGUUUCCUGAAGGUGCAGACUUGGCAGUGAAAAGGUUGUCAAGUCAUUCCGGACAAGGUGUUGAAGAAUUUAAAACUGAAGUAAUGUUAAUUGCCAAACUGCAGCACAGAAAUUUAGUUAGGCUUCUAGGCUAUUGUGUUGAGGCAAAUGAAAAGAUUUUGCUAUAUGAAUAUAUGUCCAACAAAAGCUUGGAUACAUUUAUAUUCGAUCAUAGAUUGUGCCGAUUAUUGGACUGGAGGACACGUUUCGACAUUGUAUUGGGUAUCGCUCGAGGGCUUCUUUAUCUUCACCAAGACUCAAGGCUAAGGAUUAUUCAUAGAGAUCUAAAGACAAGCAACAUAUUGUUAGAUGAAGAAAUGAAUGCCAAAAUUUCAGAUUUUGGGUUGGCAAGGAUUGUUGAAGGAAAAAGUACAGAAGCUAAUACAAACAGAGUUGUUGGAACUUAUGGCUAUAUGUCACCGGAGUAUGCAUUGGAGGGACUCUUUUCGAUCAAAUCCGAUGUAUUUGCCUUCGGAGUGGUAGUACUAGAAAUCAUCAGCGGAAUGAGAAACAUGAAUUUUUUCGAAGAUGUAAACCUCACUGGUUAUGUAUGGAGACUGUGGAUGAAAGACAAGGCAUUAGACAUGAUGGAUCAAACUAUUGUUGAUUCGUGCGAGGACAAGGAAGUGAUAAAGUGCAUAAAUGUGGCACUUCUAUGCUUGCAAGAAGAUCCAGGUGAUCGUCCCACAAUGUCAAAUGUAGUCCUUAUGCUUGGAGGCGAAAGCAUGACUCUUCCAAGACCAAAUCAACCACAUUUUAUCACAAGAAGAAAUGCUUCAAGUACAUCUUCUUCCUCUUCUAAGCACUACUGCACUUCCAACAAACAGUUGACGAUAACUCAUGAAGAAGAAGGCCGAUGACAUGUAGAUGUAAAUGCAUGACGAAUAAGUAAACAGUAUUUUAAGAGAUCAUAUACUCCAUACUUUUCUUUUGACUCAGUGUGAUUCUUCCAUUUAAACUUUUGGCGUGCAUAAUACAAAUUGUUUCUUCCCACUA